CCCUGUUCUCUAUUUACAUCAUUGUGGUAUUAAUCAUGGGAUUGUUUUUUGAGGUCCAGGCUAUAUAAGUGUGAAAUCAAACACUGUGACCAGAACAUCUUCAGCCAUGUAUAGAUGUAAAAUGAAAACCAUCCUCUUUGUUUUUGCUGCAGUCCACGUCUUCUACACCUCUGCGCAAUCAUGUGCAAGUUCAAACUUCCCAAUUGUUGAAAACGCUACAAUUGCACAGGUGAACAUGGACUCCUCAAACAGCAACCUCUUUGCUGUUACAAGAUGUGAAGUUCUCUUCGAGACUAUUAUAGGAGAACGCCUAUCCGUGGUGGUAAUAGUUAUUGAUAUCCAGGGAACUGUGUGCCUGAACAACUCCGGUACCGAUCCAUCACUCUGUGACCUGAUACCCAUCUUGGAUGCUGAAACUGCUACUUGUACCAGCAUAAUCACACUGGAAGUGGACCAAGUUCAAAGCGUUGUAGUUCGGUGCUUUGACACAAACGUGACAACACCAGCUAUCACCCCGACCACACCGGUGACCACACCGAGCAUUUUAGUUACCACACUGGACACCACAGACAGCACUUUAGUCACCACACCGACCACAACAGUGACCACACCAACUACCACGACCACCACAACCACGACCACCACACCAACCACGACCACCACAACAACCAAAAAACCCAGAAAACGACCAUCAUCUUCAUCAUCAUCAUCAUCAUCAUCAUCAUCAUCCGAAAGCAAUGAACGAUCAAGGAGAUGCACGAGAAAGAACUAUGGCCGAAGGUUUUGCAGGAGAAGUUCUGGCCACCGGAGGAGGAGGGGAUUUUCGAGCAGGCAGAAGAAAAAUAACAGGCAAAGGAGUCUAACCAGAGUUAUUCGUUUUGCUCCGACUGCAGCUCUCAAGACAGAAGUGAAUCAAGAUAGUAAAAUGCAGAUACGCCACUGACUUCUGACAGUAGGAGAUCUGACAAAGCAGCUCCAGAACUUGAAUUGCACAAAAGCCUUCUACAGAGUGUGCUACAAUUACUGCCGGGCCUGAUUUACUCCUGCAUGCAACUGCUGGGAUUCUCAUGUUUAACGUGAGAGUUCUCUUCCUCUCCUCUGCAAUCUCUGUCUUUUCCCUGCAAUCCAACGAGUUGUAGCUGCCUGAAUGCUACUGGAGACUGAUAUACAAUAAAAUAUUAGGAAAUGUACCAACCUGGAUGUGGUCUCAUCAGAUACUGUGCUUUUCCGGAUGUAAACAAUCCUAUAGCUGUUUCAAACAACUUUUCAAAUAGUUUUUCUUGAUUUUUCAUGGGAUAUAAUUUGGUACGAGAGUUAAAGCAAUCAUGUCUUGGCACACUAAACAAUAGCUUCAACUCGAUUCCUUAUUAAAAAAUUGUGAUAAUGUAAUCUAAAAGGUAGACAAAAAUGCUGGAGAAACUCAGCGGGUCAGGCAACAUCUAUUGAGCAAAGAAA